CAUCGUCUUAACCACGGGGGGGCGUUGCAUCGUGCACACAAAUUUAAAUAUUAUUUUGCAUGCAUUAAACAGAAAUUAAAAAUGAAAGUGGCAAUAAUUUUGUCACUUUUUAUAGUGCUCUGUAGUGGGCAUAUAAUAAAGCAAGAGGAGAGGGAGUUAGAAUGGUGGGAGACGACAAUUUUCUAUCAAAUAUACCCGCGUUCGUUUGUGGACAGCGACGGCGAUGGAAUCGGUGAUCUAAAAGGUAUAACAUCAAAACUAGAAUACAUAAAAGAAAUCGGUGCCGGUGCUAUCUGGCUAUCACCAAUCUUCCAAUCACCGAUGUAUGACUUUGGUUACGAUAUUUCGGAUUUCUACGCCAUUCAGGAUGAAUACGGAACUAUGGAGGACUUUGAUGAACUACUCAAUAGCGCUAAUGAACUGGGUAUAAAAAUUGUAUUGGACUUGGUGCCGAAUCACACAUCAAACGAAAGCGUCUGGUUCCAAGAGGCUUUGAAUGGAAGUGAGAAAUAUUAUAACUAUUUUGUGUGGGAAGACGGCGUUAUAGAUGAGAAUGGUGUAAUGCAACCUCCUAAUAACUGGAAAAGUCAUUUCCGUGGUAGUGCUUGGGAAUACAGGGAGGAAGUUGGCAAAUAUUACCUCCAUCAGUUCGUUGUUGGACAGCCGGAUUUGAACUACCGUAACCCAGAUGUCGUCGAAGAGAUGAAGGACAUAAUCCGAUUCUGGUUAAAUAAAGGGGUCGCAGGAUUCAGAGUGGACGCCGUUAAUUGUUUGUUUGAGGUAGAUAAAGAACUUUAUGGAGGUAGAUACCCUGACGAACCUUAUUCAGGACGAACUGAUGUAGAUAGUGAAUCCCAUGACUACUUGGCUCACAUAUAUACUAAAGACCAAAAUGAAACGUACUACAUGGUGUAUGAUUGGAGAGAUGUGUUUGAAGAAGUAUCUCAGCAAGAUGGAUUAUCCAGGGUUAUGAUGACUGAAGUAUACGCAUCCAUACAAGACGUCGUUAAGUAUUUUGGUGAAGGAGAUAGAAUUGGUGCACAGAUGCCUUUCAAUUUUGAUCUGAUUACUGAUGUGGAUGCGUCAUCCUCUGCCGCUGAUAUGAAGAGAGCUAUCGAUAAAUUUAUCACAUACAAGCCUGUUGAUAAGGAUCCUAACUGGGUGGUCGGAAACCACGAUAAUAGCAGAAUGGCUACUAGAUACGGACCUACCUUGGUUGACGGAAUAAAUAUGAUUGUUUUGCUACUUCCUGGAGUUGGAGUUACAUACAUGGGUGAAGAAAUAGGUUUAGUUGAUGGUUACGUUAGCUGGGAAGAUACAGUGGACCCAUCUGGCUGCAACACCAACGAUCCUAUCAAUUAUGCCAAGUCAUCCAGAGAUCCUGAAAGAACACCAUUCCAGUGGAAUGCUGAAAAGAACGCAGGGUUCUCUACUGCUGACAAAACAUGGCUACCCGUCGCUGAAGGUUAUGAAACUUUGAACGUUGAAGCCCAAAAAGCAGCUGACCGGUCAAAUCUAAAGGUCUAUCAAGCUCUAGCUGAUUUGAGACAAGAAAAAGUAUUCCGUUACGGCCGAUAUGACUCUUUGGCUUUGAAUAAGGACGUUUUCGCUUUCCGAAGGUGGUAUAAUGGAGAAACUUUCAUCGUCGUCGUGAACAUGAGAGACACUGAACAAGAAGUGGACUUAACCUACUUUGAAAACGUUGUAGGCACCGCUAGUGUUGUUAUUAGGAGCGUGCUAUCACCUAAGAAUGAAGGGGAUGUUUUCAACGUGGAUAGCUUACCUGUUGUCGGCUAUGAAGGAAUUGUACUCAAACUGGUGUAAACCCACAGAAAAAUUAAUAAAUCAUAUAAUCACA